AUGCCGCCGGAGAGGCCCGUGGGCGGCCCCGUCGCCGAGCCCCGGCUCCCAUUGGUCCAGGCGCAGGCUCCCCGCCCGCGCCCCCCUCCCCGCCGGCUGCCGGCCCGCCUCCCCGCGCCCACGCGCGCUCCCCGGCGGAGCGAGGACCCACCCCCCGCACACUCGGCGGCCGGGGUGACUAAUGCGCCCGCUCGCUCUCACCGCCCCCUCCCCGGACUCAUUCAGCCCCGCGGACCCAAGGGACCGAGCUGGGGACGGGCCCCGCCCCCCGGCCGGCGGCCCGGCGGGCGACCCGGUGUGCCCUGCCCGGAGGGGCCUGCGGCCGGGCGUUCCGCUGCCCCCACCCAAAGGGACAAGGCGGUUAAAGCUGGGGGCAGCUCUGGCACCUGGGCCCUGUCUGCACCCUCACAGCUGAGACGCCGGAUCCUGGAGCGGGGCCUGGCCUGGAGCGCACCCAUUCGGGCUUCCUCUCUCCAGUUUGGCAGGGCGUGUGCUGCGUCCUGUCCCCGGAACAGGCAGCCUGUUGGUUCCGGGCCCCCACACACCAGACCCCCCUCCUCCCUCCCUCCUGCCUCCUGCCUCCUGGUCCUGCCUCCAAGGGAAGUUUUGUAUUUUUCCGACGAUCCUGGCACUGCCUCCUCCUUGCGCCCUCCAGGCCAGGAGGCCGGGCCCUGGGGUCAUGGUCGUGGGCACUGGGCAGAUGGAGAGCCCACCCCAGCCCUGGCGGAGGAAAGCAGGGCCCCCGAGAGGGCCUGCGGCUGGUCCAGGCCCCUCAGCCAGGAAGCCAGGGCCAGGAAAGGAUGCUGAGAGGGUAUGGGGACAGGCUGCCAGCCUCCGGUGGCAUCCGAGAGCACAGCUGACGGCGACCGUGGGUGCAUCCCCCCAGCUCCCCCACCCCAGCCUCAGUUUCGCCACCCGUAAAGUGGGUACAGCCGUCUCUGCCCUGCUCAGUGUGAGGUGAGUCAGUCAAUCAAAGAACAGUUUGGGAGCCUGACUGGCAGGCACUGGGCCAUGUGGGGUGCAGGGGGGUAGAGAACACCCUAUAGACUGGAGCCAACACCAUGACCCCCACACUGUCCCCGGGGGACACCGGGCUGGGUGCGGCCCUGGGCGUGCUGCCCGCUGCCGCCCCUCCCCCGGCUCAGCACUGCAGACCCCAGCAGGCCGAGCCUCUGCUCAGACGCUCAAGUGUUUCAAGAAGCAGCGCAGCUCCCAGGGCGCUGGCUGGGGAAUCGGCAAGGCAGACGGGGGUGGGGGGGAGGCCAUGGUGGCGGCAGGAGUUGGGGCUUGGGGUGGGGGCCAGGAGG